AUGGCUCGUUUUGGUCUCCUGUCUUUGGCUCUAUUUGUUCAGGCCUUGAUUGGUGGUGGUCUCGCGGCAGACACUACUGGAAAGGCAGAAGAGACUGUGGAGACACCACAGUUGGCAGUAACCGCCCAGGCCUCUUUCCCAGCGUCUGAGAUCUUUGGCGUGAAGAUCGUCAACGGUCUUCCUACCGAGGCGCUGAUCACCUUCACCAACGAUGAACCUGCUCCAGUGAAUGUGAACUUCAUUGGCGGUACUCUGUCAACCCUGGAUAACGAAUCCAGCCAAGUGGUUCGGAACCUGUCCACAACCUCGUACGCUGUGGAGAUCCCGGCGGGUCAGAAGGAGACCGUGAGCUACAGCUUCGCCACGGAAAUGCACCCUCAGGAUCUGAGACUCGCCAUUGCGUCCAUUAUCUCCGAUACUGAGGGAAGAUAUUUCACCGUCUCUACCUACAACGGAACUGUCAGCAUCGUAGAGCCGGAAACUAGUAUCUUCGACCCCCAGAUUAUCUUCCUUUACUUCUUCCUCCUGGCUUGUUUUGUUGGCGUGGUUUACUUCUUCUACACCGUUUGGGUUGCGCCUUACUUCCCCCAGAAGCGCAAGCCUGGAAAGGCUGUCGAGUUCUCCAAGAAGACCCCCGGUUCAUCGAAGAAGGCCGACACUUCGGUCGAAGGAUCCAGCAGGCCGGCCGUCUCCUCCGCGACUACUUACAAUGCGGAAUGGAUUCCCGCUCACCAUAUUAAUCGCCCGGAGGCUCGGAAGGUGAAGGGUAGCACCCGGACUAAGAGCCGUGCCUAA